CUGGACCUCACACUGCUAGUCCCAAAUUUGAGUCCAACAUGGCAGCACUUGUGUCGCUGCUUCUAGCUUCAGUUCUGGUGGACACAGUUCUGCUGACAUCUCAGUUUUCUCUGGAAAAGGAUUUUUUGCGGUCACUGGCACCUCAAGAUGUAUUCUAUUAUUUUGACACCGUUUCAAUGGCAUCAGUGCCUGAGUUUGAGCUAGUGUGGUUAAAUUGCUCCAGCAGAAGGCCAUGGCAGUGCUUAUUUCAAACCAAGCAAAGGCAGUUCCUGUUGGGCCAGCUCAAGGGGGAGCAGUCCCUCUCCUGUCCAUCCAGCCUGGAGAUUGCCCUUAAUUCCACACUCAGUGUAAUAAAGAGGAAGGAGGACAUGUGUUGUGAGCGACUUCACCUGCUGAGUCCAGAAAAUGUGAAAACCCUUCUCUCUGUGUGCCAUGGAAAGCUUGAAGGCCUGCUUUUGUUCCAGUCAGGAAAAAGAAAGCUAUACAUUCGUCCACUGCUCCAAAGACAUUCAUACCACUUGAUCCAGUUUGUGGAUCCACUUCAAGGUGUGCCACAUCUGGUUCUGACUCGGCCCUCACUUGUAAGGACACGACUCAGACAUGCACAGAAUCAUCAUAGGCUACAGAGGUCAUUUCCAGGGGCAGAGGUCAGUCAUUUAGAGCUGCUCGUGGUGGUGGGACCCGAUGUCCACGAGGUUCACAAGCAGGACACAGAGAGAUACGUCCUCACCAACCUGAACAUUGCCUCAGAGUUGUUAAGAGACGUCACUUUGGGGGCAAAUAUGAGAGUUCAUCUGGUCCGUAUGAUCAUUCUCACUGAGCCAGAGCCAGAGAUUCAGAUCUCAGACAAUAUAACCUCCUCUCUAAGGAGUGUGUGUGAGUGGGGUCGUAAAGUCAACCCCACCACUGAUACUGACCCUCUGCAUGCAGAUCUGCUUCUCUAUAUCACCAGGUUUGAUCUGGUGCUGCCAAAUGGGAAUAAACUGGUGAGGGGUGUAACACAGCUAGGAAGAGUCUGUUCAAGCCGAUGGAAUUGUGUCAUUACAGAAGAUACAGGCUUUGAUCUUGGCAUCACAAUUGCACAUGAGAUUGGACACAGUUUUGGCAUAAACCAUGACAGUAUUGGUAACACAUGCAACAGUGGAGGGUUUAUAAUGGCGUCUGAUGGUGGUUAUAACAGUGUGGACCUCACCUGGUCUCAGUGCAGCAGAAGCCAGCUUCUUAACUUCUACAGUGAAGGCAAGGCAGAAUGUGUGAAAGAUGUUCCAGUGCUGGAAGGUUCACUACAGGAGUGGAGGCCUGGGCUAUAUUACGGGGUGGACGAUCAAUGUCGCAUUGCAUUUGGAAGCACAGCCACUGCCUGCUCCUUCACUAGCAAUGACAUGGCGACAUGUCGAGUUCUGUCCUGCCACAUCAUCCCUGGUGACCGCAGCUCCUGCACCAGGCUUCUUGUGCCGCUGUUGGAUGGUACUGAAUGUGGGCCAAACCAGUGGUGUCUGAAAGGUCGUUGUGUGUCUCCAUCCAAACUGAGCUCCUCUGUGGUAGUUCAUGGCUCCUGGUCGUCCUGGUCUGAAUUCUCCCCAUGCUCACGCACCUGCGGAGGGGGGGUCACAUACCGCAAGAGAGAAUGUAACAACCCCAGGCCAGCGUUUGGAGGGAGAGAGUGUAAGGGAGAGGGCAUAGAAGCUGAACUUUGUCAUCGACAGCCAUGCGAGAGAACUCAGCUUGAGUUCAUGGCCCAGCAGUGCUCCGAUACAGACUAUCAGCCUCUCUCGCUGUCUCCACAUGCAGACACAGUCUACUCCUGGAUGCCUGCAGUUGGUUUCAUCUCAGGUGAUGCUCAGUGUAAGCUCGUGUGCCGCUCCCGUGAGCAGGACUUCAUGGUCAGUCGUGGGUCUCAGUUCAUCGAUGGAACACGGUGUGAACCUGAUGACCCUGCACCUACUGGUUCAGUCACUGCCUGUGUUAAGGGGAAGUGCCAGGUGUUUGGCUGUGAUGGAGUGAUGCACUCUGGAAAAGUGGAGGAUGUGUGUGGAGUCUGUGGAGGAAAUGGCUCCUCCUGCCAACUCAUCUCUGGCUCAUACACAGGUGGAGAGGCCAAAGAGUAUGUCACUUUCCUCAUUCUGCCAGUGAAUGCCUCUCAGGUGCAUGUGAUUAACUGGAAGCCAGUUUUCACACAUCUGGCGGUGCUGGUGAAUGAUGAAUACAUAGUGGCUGGAAGUAGAGACAUAGCAUUAAACACCACCCACCCCUCACCGCUGGAGGAGCGUUACAUUAUCUACCACCUGUACCUCACACCCGACCAACUACCCCAAACAGAGGAGCUCAUUCUGUCUGGACCAGUCACAGACAAAAUUCAUAUACAGGUGUAUAGGCAGUAUGGGAAGGAGUAUGGAGACGUCACAAGCCCAAACAUCACCUAUCAGUACCAUGUGCGUGAUACUGUUCCUGUGGCGAGGGUCAUUGAGGGGCAAUGGUCCACUGUUCUUUCACCUUGUUCUGUUACCUGUGGCACAGGGAUCCAGAGGGUUAAGCAAGAAUGUGUUGACAUGAACACCCAGGAGCAUCUGGAGGAGCAGCUCUGUGGUUCAAGCCCUCCAAGCCCAACUCUACUACAGCCCUGCUACUUACCUGACUGCCCACCCAGUUGGGUGCUGGGUGAGUUUGGUCCCUGCAGCUCCCCCUGUGGUUUUGGGGAGCGGGUACGCUCUGUGGCCUGUGUGCAGAAGCAGGGGGCAGAAACAGUGGGACUGCCCGAGUCUGAAUGCUCUCUGAGCAAACCUCCAGCAACAGAAACCUGCAACACUCAUCUCUGCCCUGCCAGAUGGCAAGUCUCAGAGGCUGGUGAGUGUUCGGCUGUGUGUGGUCCAGGUGAGGCUCACAGGGAAGUGUCUUGUGUGCGUUCCCACCGUGGAGCUGAUUUAACGAUGGAUGACAGUCUCUGCCCAGCCCCCAAGCCCUCUGAAAAUGUGUCCUGUGUGGUGGACGUGUGCCCUAUUGGCUGGGAGACACAUAGAGAGAGCUAUAGAGGGUCACUUCUUCUAAUGCCCCAGUCCAGAAUGAUUCCAGUGUACGUUUGGAGCCCCGUGAUUGGCCACUGCACGAAGACUUGUGGGAAUGGUACGCAGCAGAUAUGGUUCUCCUGUGUGGAUCACCAGUCACGACUAGACGUCCCAGAGUUUCUUUGUGACCACUUCAACAAACCUGAACCAUAUACACAACCCUGUGCCCAGUCACCAUGCCCUGCUAUGUGGCGGUACAUGCAGGGGGAGUGCAGCGUGUCAUGUGGAGGUGGGGUAGCGAGGAGGGUGCUGUAUUGUUCUCAGCAGGGUGCAGAAGGAGAAAAGGCCAUGGUGCUGCUAGCAGACUCCGCCUGUCAUGAUAUGCCCAAACCUCUAGAGGCGGUGGCUUGUAACACUGAGGCCUGUCCACCAAGGUGGCAGGUAGGGGAGCAGGGUCCGUGUUCGGUGUCCUGUGGUCUGGGUGUCGCGCUGAGGAAGGUUUGGUGUGUGCAGUUAGAUGGAGGAGUGGAGACGGAGGUGGAGGACAAGAGUUGUGAGGCAGGCAAAAAGCCUCCACUCACAGUGCCCUGCUUCACUCAGGCCUGCUCCUUCCACUGGGCCGUACAGGAGUGGAGUGAGUGUUCGGUCUCUUGUGGUUAUGGGAUCCAGUCUCGGACGGUCUCAUGCCUUGGCCCAUCCAGCCCUCUACCUAUUAGCCCCCUCCUCUGUGUCCAUCUGCCCAAACCCAUCACCAUCCAGGCCUGCUUUAGCUCUGACUGCUCCACACCCUUCAGCCCAACCCAGGGGAUGAGCAGCACUGCCACCCAGGCACCAAUUUACCACAGCAGCCAGAAAGCUUGGAGGUUGGACUUGGAAAAGACCAAGUCUACACCUCCUGGAGGACCUGGGAUGAGCAGGAUUGUCAAAGUUCUACCAACUGUGGCAGUGAUAGGAAGCACCACAGCAGCACCAACACAACCUCCACAGAGCAGUGUCUGUGGACAACUCUUCCUUCAGGACUCGAAGACCAUUGACCUACGAAACAUCACAGAGAGAAGAUGUUUCAUUGCUAUUGGUCGUCCUCUUGAUGAAGUCAUCCAAAUCAAAAUCGAGUCCAGUUCUCUGAACUGCAGACAGAAAGAGAAUCUGGCUCUUUAUGAGAGGCUGUCUCUGAGGCGUUUCUGUGAAAAGAUGGCAGGGAGGUUUGUGGCAUCUCGUUCGAACGUUGUUCUGGUCCGUCAGAGCCGCAUCACCCCUGGCAACGGAGUGGUGCUGUCCUAUCAGAGUAAGAAGAACACAAAGAAAAGCCAUCAAGACUGUGACGUCCAGCUAUUCUCUCCAUCUGGUCUGAUCGAGAACCCUGUGAGAAAUCUGUCGUCUCAGUCUUGUCGAGUGUUCAUUGAUGCACCCCCUGCUUUGAGGAUACACAUCAGAGCCCUGUCUGUGUUCAAUACAACCUCCUCAGACUCCACAUAUGUUCUGAUUCGGGAUGUGGAUUCUGUAAAAACCACAGUCUUCAAAGGGACGCAGCUUUUCCAGUGGAGCUCUUCAGGGAGCAGGGCUGAAGUGGAAUUCCAUGGGGAAUAUCAGAACAGGACGGGAACAUUUAAAGCAGAGUAUUCCUAUGUUGAGCCAGAGGAAGCUAAGUUUGUGUAGCCCUCACAUGUGAAAGCCAUCUAAGAACUUGUUUAAAGGUAUAUUAUUUAAAAAUGCCAAUGUGACUAAGCAUAAAUUAGUGCAGGACUAGCAUGCACACAAUUGACUACAUGCCAGGGACACAACUUAUUAUACUAUAGAGUUACGGCCACGUUCACUCACAAAGUUGCC